CUCGGCCUCCGUGGGUCACGUGACGCCGGGCAGGGCCCGCCAUGGCGGCCACCAGGUACCGGAGGUUCCUGAAGCUGUGUGAGGAGUGGCCGGUGGAGGAGACGAAACGGCAGCGGGAUUUGGGAGUUUUCCUGCGGCAGCGGGUGGCACAGGCGUUCCGGGAGGGGGAGAACACGCAGAUUGCUGACCCUGAGACCUGUGACCAAAUGUAUGAGAGUUUGGUGAGGAUCCACACCAACUACUACAAGAACAAGUACCCACGCCUGAAAGACACAAACUUCACAGGAGUGACAGUGGAAGACUGCAAGAUGAUCCUGUCCACAGACAUUCUGAAACAGAUGGAAAACAUGAAAAAAGGGCCCUGGAAAAAACUGAGAGAAAAGUUUUCUGCCAAGAAGCCUGAAGAGGAUUCACAGUGACAGCCUGACCCUCAGGUUCCCCUCUGUACAUACUCCUGAAGCACUCCUGUGCUGCCAUGAUUAAUAAAACCAUUUCUUCCUCUUAG